GACAGUAUGGGGUCCAGUGCAUUGCUUCUCAUCUUGCUGAUGUCCUUCAUUCACUCUGGACUCAAUCAAGGUGCUGGAGUAAAACCUGUAGUGAAGGUGACGCCAGAUCAGCCUGUGUUCAGAGGAGAGAGAGUCACUCUCACAUGUGACUUACAGGGAGGAGGAAACAUUCAGUGGUUUAAAUAUGGAAACCCUUUCUAUCCAUACACAACAACAGCAGAGUUCAGUUUCACAGCUGAAGUGUCUCACAGUGGUGAAUACAGCUGUAGAGGAGAGAGAUCACACUCACAGACAGACAUCAGUGCUGCUGUUACACUGACUGUAUCAGAUUUGCCUACAUCUACACUGACUGUGACUCCAGACAGUCCUGUAUUCACUGGAGAGAGAGUCAAUCUGAAGUGUGUGAUAAACUCUGAUCACAACAGUCCUAAAGCUGUGCUGACGGUACGACCUGAUGAACGAGUGUUCAGAGGAGAAACAGUCACUCUCAGAUGUGAAAUAACGUGGGGAGGAAACACUGAGUGGACAUACAGAUGGGAAAUAGAGGGAACCAACAACUUGAAUAUAAACUCUGCCAAUCGAUGUACAAAACAAGAGUGCUGCACCAGUGGAGUCAAUAAACAGAAACACAGUGAAGCUGUCAGUCUGUGCUCAACACAAGAGUUGAACAUCAGCAGUGUUGAUCACUUUCACAGUGGUAAAUACACCUGUACAGGACAGAUAAACACUCAGAUCUCUCACUCGCGCAGUGAUGCUGUUACACUGACUGUAUCAGCUGAAGCUCAGGCAGCAGUGCGAGUGUCUCCACAGCCGUGGCUGACUGAAGGAGAAUCAGUGACUCUGAUCUUGUCUCUGGUCAUCAAUCCCAGCAGAAGUCAACACUUCUCAUCUGACUCUCUCUCUCUGAGCUGUGAGGAUCAGAGUAACUCUGCUGGAUGGACAGUGAGAAGAUACACAGACAAAGACAAAAAACUUGUUCAACACAAUCAGGAUCUGGCAUGUGUAAUCGAGUCUCCUCAGCACAUCUGA